UCUAACCUAAACCUGCCCUCUUUUAGUUUAAAGUCAUUCUCUCUUGUCCUGUCUCCAUCAGGCCUUAUAAAAAGUCUGUCUCCCUUCUGUUAAUAAGCUCCCCUCAAGUACUGAAAGGCUGCAAUGAGGUCUUCCCAGAGAUUUUUUUUCUGUAGGCUGAACGAGCCCAACUCCCUCAACAUUUCUUCAUAGGAUAGAUGCUCUAGAAAUGGAGAUGCUUCCUGCGCACUCCUCCUUCCCUCCCUUGUGCUGAGUGGCAUGUAUCCCACACUACCUCAGCUGAAUUUGCUAACCCAUCCACCCCAAAACCUGUCCUGUUCUGCUGAGCUGCAUCAGCAGGAGGUGGUUACAGGAGGGUGCUGCUCCUUGAGGCUGGAGCUGGAGGUGAGGGGAGGAAGGAGUGCAGUAAUGGGGAAGGAAGAACAGGAGAACCUAAGAAGAGGAACAAUGCUCCACCAGUGGUAUAGAACGGCUAGAUCAACUCAGUCAUCUCAUGUCUACACCCUCAGCAAACUGGGACAGCUGAGACAUUGAGACAUGCUUCCUUCUGCUUGUUUUGCCCAGGGAGUGGUGAUCUGAGGGUGACAGGGCAGGCAGCUGCAGGGUGUGACUGUCUGGCUUCUCUGCCAGCCCCAGCACUGCAGGCACCUCCAAGACAUCCUCACGGGGAGAUGCCCAAACUGCAGGCAGGGAGAAGGACACAGACCUGUCCCACAGCAGCUGUGGGGACCUGUCCCCAUCUGUGUGCUGCUGUUAGAGUCAUGUUAACCCCAGUUGUGUAGGGUCAGUCAUGCAGCAUUGGCUACGACUGUUCUUGUGGCCCCUUUGCUUCAGAGAGAAGAAAACUGAAAAACAGACUUUACUCAGUCCAAAUUCCUUAAUAAGUGAUUCAAACUUGCUUUAAAAAGUGUUUAUUUAAAAGUUAACACACAUUUUCCUAGUUCCUUUUUAAUGAUGCUUUGCAUCUUCCUCUUAAGUCAUGCGGCUUUUGCAGUCAUCAUGAAUCAACUCACUCUCUUCAGCUUCCUAUGAAAGUGCAUGUGAGCAAUGUAUGAAAUAAUAUGUGUUGCAAUAGUGAGGCCUCUCUUUCAUUCUGUAAUGCAGCCGUUUCAUGGUGAUUUUCUUCACCCUCGAUAACAACCUUGACAUUCGCCAUGCUUCUUUUGAGAGACAAAGCUGUAGCUUGUCCUUUCCUCUAGAUUAGCAGCUGUCUGCUGAUAAAUUUAAUACAACUCUGCUGUUUUUGUGAUUGAAGGGCCUUCAUCGGAAGAGAUAAGGAGUUUAUAUGAGGAAGCACUAUGUGGUGGUAUAGGAAACAGCAGCUUGGAAAGAUAACUUACAUUGUUAAUUUGCCCAGAGAAAAGGGUUAGUGAUAAAGUGAAGUGGCCUAAAGACAGAAAUAGAAAGAAAAAAAGGCAGGGUGUAGGGAGACAUGGUGAAGGGAAAGCAAAUGUUGUGCUGGUGUGGAAUAGCAUUAUUUGAUGCAUGCGUUCAAAACAUUUAAGAAAAGAUUAAUGAGAUGAACGCAUUUUCUGACAAAAAUCUUGCAAGAAGAAAUUAAACACUGUGCAACAGACUUCACAGAUGCAUUGAAUAUUGCAGAUAAAUAUACUAAAGUGUUCUAAGUAGAUCUCUGAAGGUGAUCAAGGCCAGAAACCAUCAAGUGAUGGGUUCUUGGGCAGUCUGAUCUAGUGGUUGGCAACCCUGCCCCCGGUGAGGGAACUGGAACUACGUGGUAUUUGGAGCCCUUCCAACCCAUGCCAUUUUGUGAUUUUAUGAUUCUGUGAUAAGUACAGUUUUAAAUAUCCAAAUGGAAAUUAUUUCUGCAUUACCUUCAGUGCCACUGUCAAAUGCUUGCAGAAAAGCUGGGUCUCAAAGCAGCACAUCACUUUCUCCAUUGAAUUCUGCUGUAAAAAUAAGGCUGUCCUGCUCAGUUUCACUGCUUUGGAGCACCGAGGGCAAGCAGUCAUGUUUUCCCAUGAUCUAUUUUCUUUUAAGUUCAGUUUUCUAAAACAAACUAAAGAGGACAGAAAUGUUUGUGGUUCUGUCCAUAAGCACACAAACUGAUAAAUACUUUUCUGAAUGAUCAGGGAGAGAACAGCAAUUUUCUUGAAUUCCUUUAUGAACUUUAUCAGAAUGUCUUGUAACCUCUAUUGUUAAUGAGUGGUUAAAUAGCGUUAGGAUAAUUAGAUAUUUGUGGAUAGAAAAUAUGAAGCCUUUAAAAUAGUUCUGCUUACUCUGUCCAGUGUAAAUGGAAGAAAGCUACCUUUGGGCAGGUUGUACAAUAUGUGAGAACUGCAUCUUCAUAAUUUGCUCUCUAUAACCAGUUCCAGGCCACAACCCACUUAAUGAAGAGCAUGUGGCGAGAAUACUGGCAGGUAGAUCUGCUCUUGCAUGUUUCCUAGAGCUGUGCUGCUGUGUGAACCAAGCUUGGAAGUUCUGCCCACUGUGACCUCUGUGGUGGCUAUGGCCUUGUGAGCCUUCUCUUUACACAGCUCUGGCCAUUCUGCUUCUCUGCUUUAGCAGGAGGUUGGACUAUAUGAUCCCAGAGGCCCCUUCAACCACUGUGAUUCUGUGUGGUGUUGCUGCUUUAGCCUGUAAAGGAUUGCACGGGGCCUUUGAAAUGGUGUCAACAGAUUCAGAUUUCUUUAGGGAAACUGAAUAGGGCCUAUAGCCACACUCCAGCAGUGCAGCUCGGCUCCUGUUCAGCCAUGCAGGUUAAUCUCACUAAUCUGCUCUAGGAGGUGCUGAUUGUUUUCAGUUCCCAGUUAGGCUGGGAAAAGUGCCAACGCUGGCAGAGAAGGGCAGUGGUCUUCCAAGAGGUGGAGAAUGAAGCUGGCUCAGAAAAGAAGAAAAUCAAAGGGUUUUCAUUAUUUCUAAGCAGAUUUGAGAGUGAGGAGAGAGGGGUUUCUCCUUCUAUUUGACAUCAGUAGAGGUUUUGCUGUCAGGUAGGUUGAUUGUGCUGCUGCUUACCUGUGAAGCCAGGGGUUGCUCUUCCUAGCUGAGACGCUCGUGUUCUUUGAGAUUUCAGGGUUUAUGCACAGUGUUGUUGCCACUUCCUUUGCCUUUUGACCCCUGAACGAGGACACCCUUUGAGACAACCACACACUGGACACAUAGGCCCCUUCCAAACCCCUGUGCUGGAAUCAUCCACAGUUCAGCUUGUAAGCAUGAGGUAGUCCACCUGAGAUCUGCUGGUGUCAGCAUAAAAUAACCAAAAGCAAAGUUAUACCUCAGGAGAUGACUUCAGACCUUGGGAUAGUAGGAUGUGUGUAAGAUGAAUGAUCCCAAGAAAUGGAUCUACAGCUGCUGGCUCUUCGCUCCACAGGUUUUGGUAGUUUUGAACUUCUGUCAUUUUAAAAAUACAGCUGAUAUAAUUAAAGCUAUAUUCCUCCUUCUGGGGAGAGGAUUUGCAUCUUUCUCUCUUGUGGUGGUUUUGGAAUGGACAAUUUGUGUGAUGAAUUUUGUGCAGCUGAAACUGGGAAUUUUGUUUGGUGUAUUUAUUUUCUACUUCACUGUGUGAAUUUUUUACAGGGUGAAAGAAGGAAGUGGUUGGCUAAGUCACUUUUUUUUUUUUUUUUUUUUUCCCUUUAUCACAACUACCAGUAAUAACCACGGGGAAAACAUGCAAACACUGAGUAUACAGUGUAAAGCUAUAUAUGGGAGAAGGCUGCUUAUUGUAAGCCUGCUGUCAGCGAGGCUACACCCUGUCUCAACAUGGCAAACGCACUCGCAAAUGCCAUCUGUGAGCGCUGUAGAGGGGGCUUUGCACCAGCAGAGAAAAUUGUCAACAGCAAUGGUGAGCUGUACCACGAGCAGUGCUUCGUGUGUGCCCAGUGCUUCCAGCAGUUUCCUGAAGGGCUCUUCUAUGAGUUUGAGGGGAGGAAGUACUGCGAACAUGAUUUUCAAAUGCUUUUUGCCCCUUGCUGCCAUCAGUGUGGUGAGUUCAUUAUUGGUCGUGUUAUUAAAGCUAUGAACAACAGUUGGCAUCCAGAAUGCUUCUGCUGUGAUAUCUGCCAACAAGUAUUGGCAGAUAUUGGAUUUGUCAAGAAUGCUGGCAGACAUCUUUGCCGUCCCUGCCAUAACAGGGAAAAAGCCAGAGGCCUGGGAAAGUACAUCUGCCAGAAGUGCCAUGCCAUUAUUGACGAACAGCCUCUCAUUUUCAAAAAUGAUCCUUAUCACCCUGAUCAUUUCAACUGUGCAAAUUGCGGGAAGGAACUUACUGCUGAUGCUCGUGAGCUGAAGGGAGAAUUAUACUGUUUACCCUGCCAUGACAAAAUGGGUGUCCCCAUCUGUGGAGCAUGUAGAAGACCAAUUGAAGGACGUGUGGUGAAUGCCAUGGGCAAACAGUGGCACGUGGAGCAUUUUGUUUGUGCAAAAUGUGAAAAGCCAUUCCUGGGUCAUCGUCAUUAUGAGAGAAAAGGCUUGGCAUAUUGUGAAACCCACUACAAUCAGCUGUUUGGUGAUGUAUGUUUCCAUUGCAAUCGUGUGAUUGAAGGAGAUGUUGUGUCUGCUCUGAAUAAGGCAUGGUGUGUGAACUGUUUUGCUUGUUCAACUUGCAACACUAAGUUAACACUCAAAAAUAAAUUUGUUGAGUUUGAUAUGAAGCCUGUCUGCAAAAAGUGCUAUGAGAAGUUUCCUCUAGAGCUGAAGAAAAGACUGAAGAAAUUAGCUGAAACUGUGGGAAGGAAGUGAAGAUUUCUUCUGCUCUCCCCUUUCCUUAUGAAAAUGUUAUAUCUGUUACUUGGGAGGGACUGUGAGGCUGUAAUCAGACAAGAGAUUACAAUGCAUGCCUUUUAUCUUGAAAUUCUCCAUUCUAUGAGUACAUGUACAAAUACAGAUCUGUUGAUAAACAGACCACGCUUCUGUCGACUCACCUGAAAGGUUUCUGACCCUGAUAAUGCACCGAUACAAGUGGGCCAUUGCGCGCAGUAAUCUCUGAGGAAUUUGAGAUUGAGAAAAUAUGCUUGUAAGUACCUGCAAAAACACACUGUACAAACAUGCCCAACGUUAUGGGUAUGUAGUGUCAUUUAUAUUAAUGAAAAUAUCAGUGUGCAAAUUAAGCAUGCAUACAGAAUUUCCCGUGGCCUGGGCAAGAAACCAAACAUACCUCAUUUCCCAGAAAAAAUAAUGCUUAGAUUUCAGGUCAUAUAGUCCCAUUGAGGAGCCUUGUUUAAAGUGGUUUGAAAAGUACCAUAUUUCUAAAUACAGUCACUAUACAAAUGACCUACUUCCAAUAGUUUGUACUUACACGCUGAAUCUUUGUACAUCAGACUUAGCAUGAAAUAUCUAUAUGAAGUCUAAUUCCCACUGCAAGAAACGAGUAUACUCAGAUCUACUUGAAUUUUGCUGUAUUCCAUUCAGAAUAACACAUUAACUUUUAUAUAAGCUUUUGCAUUUUAUUUACUUUUUGUGCCUUAUUCUGCUGGACCAUAUGUAACAGUGUUCCAUGAAAUAUAUAUAUAUAGUUUUAUUUUUAUUUCUUAUUUUUGUGCAGAAACUAUGUACGAGGUAUUUUCAAGAGAUAACAAAAUUUGCCUUAAUUAUGCAGGAUGUAAGAGGAAUUUUGUUUCAGGUGUGAACGCCUGAGGUUGAAGUUUAGCUUCUAGGCUUCCCUGACUUCUGGAACAGCAAUGAAAAUGCGUAUUUGAGUUAACUGGCAAUAUUACUUUUACACUGUGAGUGUAAAUAUGUGAGGUUUGAUCCUACUAGGAUCUGUUUCUUCAGCCAUCUUCAAGAACUGUGCUCACAAAUCGUCAGAAUUCACUGUAGUAUGCUUGUGAUUGCUUUAUACUAUUGACUUCUGUCCAUGAAAGUUUGCUUUUCCCUUUUCUGUCAAAAAUACCAUUACUUAGGAAUUCUUCAUGGUACUGUUAUCAAGUAUGCAAACCUUUUUUUUCAUAUUAGAAACACAAUUUUUAUAUAAUUACAUCAUAGCAAGAAAAAUGUCCUUUCCUGUUUAUGGAAAACCAAAUGCUUUAAAACAUCUUUCCAGUGUCAUUAAUAAAGGCUAAUGUUAUUACAACCUGUA